AUGUCCCUGUCAAAAGACCAGGUUCUUCUGGACUUGAUUGCAGCUGCUUUGGCAGUGCUGGCUAACUUUCGCGCCACUGUCCAGCAUGGGCUGCCACUGGAGAUUGGUGAUACUGUUCAGAUUUUGGAGAAAUGUGAAGGAUGGUACAGAGGGUUCAUUAUAAAGAAUCCAGCAGUGAAGGGGAUAUUCCCAUGGUCCUACGUUCACCUCAAAAAUGCUCACAUUAAGAACAAAGGGCAGUUUGAGACAGUCAUUCCGACUGAAGACUCUGUCCUCUCCGAGGUGACUGUCACUCUGCGGGAGUGGGGCACUAUGUGGAAACAGCACUAUGUGAAGAGGAAUGGAGAAUUGUUCCACAGACUGUGGCAUGUAAUGAAUGAGAUCCUGGAUUUGCGGCAGCAGGUGUUGGUUGGCCAUUUAACCACUGACCGGCUGAAUGAUGUUAAACAGCACAUCACUGCACGGCUGGACUGGGGCAAUGAGCAGCUGGGUUUGGACCUGGUCCCCAGGCGGGACUUCAGUAUGGUGGACCCUGAUGAGGUUAGCAUCACAGAGCUGUACCGGCUGAUGGAGCGGAGACAUCGUAUGAAAGAAACUCCCCUGCAGGCCAACAUGCAUCACCUGUUUGUCCAGAUAAAGAGUCUGAUUGGCUCCAGCCUGGGGGAAGACCUUGAAGCGUUUGUCUCCAUCUACGACAGCCGGGAAAGUCAACCAAUCUGUGAGAGGUUCUUUGUAAGACUGAAUAAGCAGGGGCGUCCCAAAUGCCCAGAGCAGACAGAGAGGCAGUGUACCCUCUUUGUUGAUUUGGGGAGUAGCGAUCUACGAAAAGAUGUGUAUGUUGUAGCUCAUAUUAUUAGACUAGGCCGUAUGGUGGCGGGAGAGAAGAAGGGUGUGUCAAACACUCAGUACCGGCGUCCGUUUGGCUGUGCCGUCAUCAGUAUAGCUGACCUCCUGACCGCCGACUCAAAGGAUGAUCACCUGCUCAAGGUUUAUUCAUGCAACACAGAAAAUGAGUGGUACCAAAUUCAUGACAACAUCAUUCGUAAGGCAAGCUCCAGGUAUAGUCACGCCGGCUCCAACACUGGUUUGUCAGUCUUUUUCCAGCUCCUUCAUGGGGACUUGGAGCAGAUUCGUAAGGACUACAUGCGUCUCUUCACACGCAACGUCUCCAUCACCAGGAGACUGGGUUUCUCUGACAUCAUCAUGCCAGGUGAAACGAGGAAUGACCUGUACCUGACCUUGGAGAGAGGAGAAUUUGAGAAAGGGGGGAAAAGUGUUGCCCGAAAUGUGGAGAUAGCCAUGUACCUGCUGGAUGGAGAUGGCCAAAUUCUCAAGGGUUUGGUGUGUGCAGGCUCAGGUGAGCCGGGUGUGGACCAGUACCACUCUCUGGUUUUAUAUCACAGUAACAGCCCCCGCUGGGCUGAACUCAUCAAACUGCCCAUCCCUCUGGACAUGUUCCAUGGCACACACCUCCGCUUCGAAUUCAGACACUGCUCCACAAAGGAGAAAGGGGAGAAGAAGCUGUUUGGGUUUUCGUUUGUGCCUCUGAUGCAGGAUGAUGGGAGAACUUUGCCUGACGGGACCCACGAGCUCAUCGUACAUAAGUGUGAGGAGACCACUAACCUACAGGAAACAUCUCGCUACCUCAACCUGCCCUUCUCAAAGUUGCGUCUGCAGACAGGGAACAACCAGACAGUGAAAAAUAGCAAAGAGUCCUUCUGGAUCAUCUCCUACCUGUGCUCCACAAAAUUCACUCAGAAUGGUGACAUUCUGGACUUUCUGAAGUGGAGUGCCCAGCCAGAGAAAAUCAGUGAUAAUCUGUCCAAACUAAAGACCACCGAUGGCACUGAGAUUGUUAAGUUUCUUCACGACACGCUGGAUGCCCUGUUUGGCAUUCUGGAUGAAAGCCCUCAGAGAUAUGGACUUAAGGUUUUUGAUUGCCUGGUAUAUAUAAUAAAUUUACUGCAGAACAGUAAGUUUCAGCAUUUCGGGCCAGUCAUGGACAAGUACAUUGAGAAUCACUUUGCAGGUGCUCUGUCAUACAGAGACCUGAUCAGAAUACUGAAGUGGAACCUGGACAGAAUAAUUGAUGCUGAAUACCAGGAACAGGCCCAGCAGGUUCUAAAGGCUACAGAGUACCUAUUUAAAUACAUCGUACAGUCACGGAGACUGUACAGCACCGCCAGUAAAGGCCAGAAUGAAGACGAGUUCCACUGCUCCAUCCAUGAGCUCUUCAAAUCCAUCCAUUUGUUCCUGUCCCACAAGAGCAAGGGUAUCAGCCCGGUAAUACACACACAGGCUGUGUUCCUGAGGUCUUUUCCAACAGUGUGUUGUGAGCUGUUGAAGAUCUUUCCAGUAAGGGAAGUGGCCAGCCUGGCCCGAGACACACUGAACAGUUUGCCAGCUCUCUCACACACAGACUGCUCCUUGCAGGCUGUCAAGCUCCAGUGCAUCGCUAAAACAGUGGAGAGUCCUCUGUACACUAAUGCAGAGUCUCGCUGUGUGCUGCUCCCAGUGGUUUUGCAUCUUCUUCAUAUGCACAUGCAGGAACAGAGAGAACUGGUGCUGUGUGCUAACAUCCUCACCAGUAUGCUGUCACUCACAAACAGGGACGCUAAGGAGUGUAUGGCAUCUAAGGAGGUGAAUGUGAUUAUGGACAGUCUGUCUAGAGUGUUAUUGAGGACCAUACUGGAGGUGACAAACCGGCCACAGCCUGCUGGGACAGCUCUACACCUGCAAUACCAGGAUGUUACAGGAGAGUUUGUGGCCUGUUUGCUGACCCUACUCCGACAGCUGAGUGAUAAGGACUAUCAGCAGAUCCUUGGCAAGUUCCCCAGCAAAGAGGACCUCACAAACUUUCUCCUCCAGUUAUUCACAGUUUUCCGAAUCCUCACCCGCCCAGAUAUGUUUCCCAAGGACUGGACUGUCAUGAGGCUGGUGACCAACAACGUCAUCAUCAGCACUGUGCUCUAUCUGUCUGACACACUGAGAAACAACUUCCUCAAUGAGAAAUUUGACUACAAAGUCUGGGAGUCCUAUUUUUACCUUUCCAUCAUAUUCAUCAGUCAGCCCUGUCUCCAGCUGGAGAUGUUCCCUCCAUCCAAGAGGAAGAAAGUGCUGGAAAAUUAUGGCGACAUGAGGGUGAUGUUUGGUUGUGAGGUCUUCAGUAUGUGGCAGGGCUUAGGUGAGUAUAAACUAAAUUUGAUUCCCACCCUGAUUGGGCCAUUUCUGGAGGUGACGCUGGUCCCACAGCCAGACCUGAGAAAUGUUCUCAUCCCCAUGUUCCACGACAUGAUGGAGUGUGAGCAGAGGAGGAGUGGCAACUUCAAACAGGUGGAGACCAGGUUGAUUGACAAACUGGAAAGUCUGAUGUCUGAGGGGAAGGGGGACGAGACAUACAAAGAGCUCUUCAGUAACAUAAUCCCACUGUUUGGUCCCUACCCAAGCCUGCUGAAGAAGAUAGAGAGAGAGACCUGGAGAGAGAGUGGUGUGUCCCUAGUCGCCACUGUCACUCGACUCAUGGAACGACUUCUAGAUUACAGGGACUGUAUGAAGAUUGGAGAAGUUGAUGAAAAAAAAAUGGGUUGCACAGUCAAUCUCCUGAAUUUUUAUAAAACAGAGCUGAACAAGGAGGAGAUGUACAUUCGUUACAUCCACAAACUCUAUGAGCUUCAUCUGAAAGCCCAGAACUACACAGAGGCAGCCUACACUCUCCUGUUGUAUGACGAGCUGUUGGAGUGGACGGAGAGACCACUCAGGGAGUUCCUGUCCUACCCUAUGCAGAGCGAGUGGCAGAGGAAAGAGUGUCUACACCUCACCAUCAUCCACAACUUCGACAGGGGCAAAUGCUGGGAGAACUGCAUCAUUUUAUGUCGAGAGCUGGCCAGUCAGUACGAGGCAUAUUACGACUACAGGAAUCUGAGUAAGAUGAGGAUGAUGGAGGCGUCCCUGUAUGAUAAGAUCAUGAAUCAGCAGCGAUUGGAGCCGGAGUUCUUCAGAGUUGGAUUCUACGGCAGGAAGUUCCCAUUUUUCCUGAGGAAUAAGGAGUUUGUGUGUCGGGGGAAUGACUAUGAGCGUUUGGAGGCUUUCCAGCAGAGGAUGCUGUCUGAGUUCCCACACGCAAUUGCAAUGCAGCAUGCCAACCAACCCGACCAGACCAUCCACCAGGCAGACGCACAGUACCUGCAAAUUUAUGCUGUAACUCCAGUACCUGAGAGGCAGGAGGUUCUGCAGAGGGACGGCGUUCCCAACAACAUCAAAAGCUUCUACAAAGUCAACCACAUCUGGCGGUUCCGCUACGACAGGCCCUUUCAUAAAGGCACCAAGGACAAAGAGAAUGAGUUCAAGAGCCUGUGGGUGGAGAGGAUGACCCUGAGCCUGGCCCAGAGUCUGCCUGGCAUCUCUCGCUGGUUUGAAGUGGAGAAACGUGAAUUGGUGGAGAUGAGCCCAUUGGAAAACGCAAGUGAAGUGAUACAGAAUAAAACGCUGCAGCUGAGGACUCUGAUAGCCCAGUGCCAGACCAGACAAAUGCAGAACAUUAACCCGCUGACCAUGUGCCUGAACGGAGUCAUCGACGCUGCUGUAAACGGAGGCCUCGCACGCUAUCAGGAGGCUUUCAUUGCUAAAGAUUACAUAGCCAAUCAUCCAGAGGAUGCCGACAAGAUCACACGCCUCAGAGAGCUCAUGAUGGAACAGGCACAUAUUUUAGAGUUUGGCUUGGCUGUACAUGAGAAGUUUGUACCUCAGGACAUGCGACCACUGCACAAAAAGCUUGUCGACCAGUUUCACAUGAUGCGCUCCAGUCUGAGAAUACAGCCACAGGAGUUUCCUGUGUACAUGCGUGUAAGCCCACUACACUUCACCAGUGGCAGCCCCCGCACCUGCCGCAUGCCCAUUCCCAACACUAUCAGUCCAGAUGGAGGGGGGCGCAUGGUGGCCAGACACAGUCCCCUCAGUUACCCGGCCGUCAACCGCUACUCCUCAUCCUCACUGUCAUCACAGGCGUCCAAUGAAGUGAGCAAUAUCACUGGCCAAUCAGAAAGCUCUGAUGAGGUUUUCAACAUGCAGCCAAGUCCAUCUACCUCAAGCCUCAGCUCCAAUCAUUCAGGCUCACAUAAUGUGACCAGUUCUGCCCCCUCCAGCACCAGAGCCUCUCCCUUACCAUCCGACAAACACAAGCAUUCGAGAGAAAAUGCCUGUCUGUCACCCAGAGACAGGCUCUGCACUGCCAUCUGUUCCAGUCCUCUGGAUCCAUCUCAGAGAGUAAUGCCCCUCCAGAUAGUGGACAGCACGCUGCCCCGCUGUGAAUCUACCACGCCCUCUGCUGACACAGCUCCUCUGGUGAAGAACGUGAGGUCACUGUCUCCAAUUCCAGCAGUGCGGUCUCCUCAGAAGAUAGCUGCACCUCCUCUGACUCCCUCUCCCACUGAUGGCCUGCCCUCGAGCAGCCUUGUGUCGAACUCCCCAGCAUGGUCUGGCAGCUACAGCAGCGGCAUCUCCUCUCUGAGUCGCUGCAGCAUGUCCGACACCUGCAGUGUGGACCCAGCACCCCCUGACGCACCACUGCCCCUACCCGUCUCCAAUGAAGCUCCUAUCCGCCGAGGGAGUAAGACUCCCCCACCUUACAGCGUUUAUGAACGCAACAAUCCGCGACGCACGACUCCAUUGCCUUAUAGCCUGUCUGUGCCCUCUAGUGCCGAUAACCCCACUCUGCCCAAACCCCACCUUAGUCGCACGCAGAGAAUCAACUCUGAGCCCCGUCAGAGAGCUGUGCCCAGGAAGGUGUCCCAGCUGUAG